AUGGGGACUGCAGCGGCGGCAGCGGCGGCGGCCGGGGAGGGGGCGCGCAGCCCGAGCCCCGCCGCGGUGUCGCUUGGCCUGGGCGUGGCCGUCGUGUCGAGCCUGGUGAAUGGGUCCACGUUCGUGCUGCAAAAAAAGGGCAUCGUGCGCGCCAAGCGACGAGGUACUUCCUAUUUAACAGACAUUGUGUGGUGGGCAGGCACAAUUGCAAUGGCUGUUGGCCAGAUUGGAAACUUCCUGGCUUACACGGCGGUCCCCACAGUCCUGGUGACUCCACUGGGUGCCCUUGGAGUGCCGUUUGGGUCCAUUUUAGCUUCUUAUCUUCUGAAGGAAAAGCUCAACAUCUUGGGCAAGUUGGGAUGUCUGCUAAGCUGUGCAGGUUCUGUUGUACUGAUUAUCCACUCCCCGAAAUCUGAGAGUGUGACCACUCAGGCUGAGCUGGAAGAGAAGCUGACUAACCCAGUGUUUGUGGGCUAUUUGUGUAUCGUGCUCCUUAUGCUGCUACUGCUCAUCUUUUGGAUUGCACCAGCCCAUGGGCCUACCAACAUCAUGGUCUACAUUAGUAUCUGCUCUUUGCUGGGGAGUUUCACCGUGCCUUCCACCAAGGGCAUCGGGCUGGCAGCCCAAGACAUCUUCCACAACAACCCAUCCAGUCAACGGGCACUCUGCCUGUGCCUGGUGCUCCUCGCCGUGCUUGGUUGCAGCAUCAUUGUCCAGUUCAGAUACAUCAACAAGGCACUUGAGUGCUUCGACUCCUCUGUGUUCGGGGCCAUCUAUUACGUCGUAUUCACCACCCUCGUCCUGUUAGCCUCGGCCAUCCUCUUUCGGGAAUGGAGCAACGUGGGCCUGGUGGACUUCUUGGGUAUGGCCUGUGGGUUCACUACUGUCUCUGUUGGGAUUGUCCUUAUACAGGUGUUCAAAGAGUUCAAUUUCAACCUUGGGGAGAUGAACAAAUCUAAUAUGAAAACAGACUAGGAUGCAACAGGGGGGUGGGUGGCUCAAGGAAUAGGAAAUGGAUGUGGUUUCUGGUCCUAAUUUGAUGUGAAGUAGAAGAGACCCUAAUCACUGGUAUUAAAGUUGCUUGCAUAUUAAUGGGUGGUCUGGUGGACAGUAGGGAGCAUCGCUCAGCAUCCAAGUAGGGGCCCAGCCCUCUGCAGUCUAAAGUUGCUAAAUGGUUGUCUGGGCAUCAUCUCUCUCUGAUGAGAGGAAUCUCAUGUUCAUUGCCAUUAACCUGGAAGCUUUCAUGAAUACUAUUUCCUUUAACAAUAUUUUAACAUUAUUUAAUAGAAGAUAAAGUUGGGCUCUUUCCGGUUAGUCUUUGCAGGGGAGCAGAUAUUGUUACUUAGAAAAUUACUUUGGAAAUGGGGGAAAUUGUUGUCUUACAGUCUGACUAUACACUAAAUGUGUCUGUAGUUGUGUUAUUUUGCAUUAAGCAUGUAUAACAUUCAGGUACCUCAUCCAAAUAAGAAGUAUAUACAUUUAAUUGUUUUUAAUCUGCUAAUGAGCUGACUCUCCCACCUCCUACUCCAAGACAUUUUAAUUGAACAUAGAGAGAGAAUGAGUGGACAUGAUGCAGAGUUCCAUUUAUAGGAUGACUUUCAAUAGCUCAAAUCAAUUUCAGUGCCUUUAUCACUUGAACUCUUCACUUAAUUUGACUAUUACUAUGUGUAUGUUCUCUUAGAAUAACUCUUUGAUUAUACUUUAAUAUUUCACUAUUCAAAAUAUAAAUGUAUAGAGCAGUUAGAAAUAACAGUAUAUUCAUUUGUUGGAAGAAAGUCACAGUGAAAGACACAUAAGAGCAAAUUGACCUUUUUAGCAUGUAUUUAUUGUCCAAUUAAAGACAGUUGACUUAAGUAGCAUAAGGUAUUUUAUUUGUAUUUAAUCUAUGUAACUGGGACCCAGUAUCAAAUAUAUCCACAUUCUCUUUCAGUGACCAUUGUGGCCAUUCCAAAGAAAUAAAUUAUUCAACUUGAUAAUAAGGUUGUUAGAUGAGAGAGUAACUGUUCAAUAGCACAUAUAUCAGGUUCCCUAUAAUACAGGAACAGGUUAAAAGACACAGUCAAGCUCAGGCAAGUUUCUGAAAAUUGGAACAUACAAAGUAAGUUUUCAAAAGAAUUUCUACUAAAAUGAAAACAAUUAAUUUAGCCAUAUCCCUGUUGUUUGAGAUGACAGAGCACCCUACAAUUCCUCACCCAACCUCUCAUUAAUCUUCUGAAAUGCAAAAUAGCCACUAAAUAUGCCAAUAUUUGGAUCAAAGAGAUCAUUUGUCUGUUUAUAGUAACCUCCUAUGUAUAGUAAGUGGGAGCAAAGCACAAAGUGAUGCAAGUUGUUUCAUCAAGAUAUCAUGUACUUCAUAUGCAAUGUUUUAUCUAAUAGGGAACUGUGCCAAGUUGGAAAAUGGGAUUGGGCAAGGCAGAAUUAGUGAACUAGAAUAUCACAUUUAAUAAUACCCAAUUAAAGUUACUCACUAAGGAAAAAAAUAUUUUUUCAGGCAAAAAGAGCAUUUCUAAAUACCAAAGAAAUUGUUCCCUAAAGUGUGGGGAGGCUAAAUAAAAGGCUAAAUAAAAGAGGCUAAAUAAAAUGAGGAUAGUUUAACAUACAGUGAAGAACACCUUUAUGAAUUAAAAGUACAUGUGAUGGCAUGAGUUGUCAGUGAUUAGUGAACUAAGAGCAGCAACAAAAUUGUUUAAAAAAUUUUUAAUCUUACAUUAACUGACAGUUAAUAAAUACUCAAAAAGUCCCUCACUUUUUUUUUAUCAGCUCCUAAAGAUUUGGUUUUUUUUUAUUAUCAGGUAUUUUUAGGAAUGCAAGCCUUAAUUUAUUGAACUGAACUUUCUGAAAAUAUCAUGUAGCAGUGUCAGUAUAAUAGUUUCCUACAUAAGGAGUUUGAGACAUUAAAAGAAUACAUGUGGUGAACAAAAGUAUACUGAGAAAGUUCAUGUGUCUUAAGGAAAUUAUCUUGUUUAUUUUGUUACAGCUUACAGUUGAAGCUUAGUUUAAAUUCAUCUAUUAGUGUUCCUCAUUAUAUUUUAGUUCACGGUUACACCAUGGAUACUCAGCAGUGGUAUUUUCUGGAUGAUCAUCCCUGUUUUGUUUUGUUUAUAGCAAAACAAAAUCUGAAAGUAGUAAUAGCUGAUCUCCUCUUAAGGAUGACUUGUUCUAGAACAGUUGGACUCUCCCAGGUUUAGCAGAUUACUUUGGUGGGAUACACAGCUUUCCUUCCAGUGGGACAAAGUUCUCAGGAUUGUAUUUCAAGUGUGUGACUCUAGCCUCAAAUGGACAUGACCAGCAGUCUAAAGAGCCCAAUUUUCAAGUUUGACAUAGAGCAUAUAACUUCUGAUUUAAUAAUAUAUAUGUAUUUUUUAUACAUUCAUGUUUUCAUAAUUCAUUUGGAAUUGCAAAGAAAAAAAAGGCCUCAAAGUGAGAGUUUGGGAGGAGCUAGAAUGGGAAUGGGUCUCAUUGGUCUCUCCAAAAAUAAAUACAUAUGAAACAUUUUCAUGAUUAUACUAUUCCUUGGGCUUUAUCUCUGAUAAACUAAGAAGAAAUUUACCUACCGCCUACUUGUUUUCAAGCCUCUCUAAAAUCUUAUAUUUCUGAUCACAAUUUGCAAAUUUACUCUGGAUACUUAAAUAAGCCGUUUCUCUCCUCUACUACUUGGACAAUGCUUUGUUUUUUCAUCUGAAUCUUUGCAUUUGAAAAGAUUGCUUUCUGUUUUGCUAAUUGAUCAAGUGUAGGGCCUAUUAAGGAUUCUGAGACCACCCUGGGCAUUUUGUUCUUCUAGAGGACUAUUCCAUCUCUGUAGAGAAGGUCCUCGAGAGGAAGGGCGGUCUGCUUCUUGCCACACAUGGAAUAAGAACUGCUCAUAACUCGUUCUUCAGUCAGAUGUCACUAUAGUAUUUUCACAUUAGAAUGUUAGUGAAAUACACUUUGCUGCUCUUGGUUCAGCAAUAAGAAAUAUUCUUUCAAUUCCUACUUUUCAAGCAAGUUUGUUAUACUCAAUAUUAUUUCCAAAAGUUCAUUCCAGCUGUAGUAGGUUGGUCUUUGUUCUUUUUCUUUGGGUUUCAUGUCUGUCAGAACACUAUUAACGUGUACAGUCACCCCUCAUCUUCCUUCUUCCUUGACAGCUUCACUCUUUGUAAAUACUGUGCUCACUUCUAGAAGCUAGUUCCUAGACAUUUGUAAAGCACUGAUAUGCAGUGUCUUCCAGGUGUAGACAAGCACUUUGGUCCAUGGAGACCAAAGGUAUUGAUGGCUGCAUAGUUCUUAUUGCGAGAUGGUACCUCUCUUUUCCAAGCUGCUCAACUAAUCUAGAAUAGUGGAGAAAGUGCUCCAAUUGUCUACAGAGCCAUGGCCAUUGCUCUUUUUUGAUGCCUACUUGAUCCUGACUUAGACCUCUUAUGACCGAGUAGGAAACUGGAAAGAGAAAAAUGCUUCAAUUUAGAUCUGUUCAUGACUGUCUGAUUGGUUCCAGUGGUCUGAAGGAGUUAUCCUUCUCACUGUGUUUGAAACCAAGGAAGUAGUUCACCCAUCAAGCAGGAUUAGAUGGAAUCUUGGUGUUCCGCCUUCUCAGGGACCAAAAAUGUAACAUUAACAACUUAGUAUUGACCUUCUUCCCAAGGACAUGUCCAUGUUAGUUUUUCAUAUGUUUUACUCAUAGUCAUAGCUAGAAGCCUGUUAACUUGAGUUGGAAAGAGAAAAGAUCAAGUUGCACACCAGUCACACCAUAAAACAGUUUAUCAUAUAAAAUACCUCAAUUUUCUGUAUUCCUCACUUCCACCUCACAGUUGUACUGGUGAUGAAUUUUAAGGGUCUGUCCUUUAGUUUAUUGGUGAUUUUUCACAUCUGGCCAGAUUCUUAUACCUCCACCAUAUACUUGAAAAGAUUAAGAAUUAUAGGAAUGAGAAUGAGAAUUUGGCUCAGUAUCACUACUUGUUUAUUUUCAUAUACAUUUCUCACAUGCUGUGAAAUGCAACAAGAGAAUUAUAUUUUAAGAAAUGUAACUUUAUGUUACAUCAAAAAUUAUUGUGUAGUAAAAAGUUGAUACUCAGUAGAACAAUGAUCAUGUAAAUAAAUCUAUUUCAGAUGUACCCAAUGUGAUAAAAAGCAUUGUCUAGGACCCCAGAGCAUGAGCCAGGGAGAAAGAUUUAUUUGUUCUUUUCUCUAUUUUUCCUUGAAUUGUGCAACUAUAGGUGAGUCACUUAACCUUUCUGUGCCUCAGUUUCUCUACCUCUAAAGGGGUGAGAUGGUUCUCCAAAUCACCUGUUUUAGAGCACUCACACUUUUAGCGUGUGCUGGUAGCCUCAGACAAGAGUGUUAUGUGUAAGAUUGCUCUGGAGUGGUGAAGUGGAAACUCAGCUUGCACUGGGCAUCCUGUAUGCUCAGGACUGUGCUUUAGACAUGCAGCUUCAAGCACUGAGUAAGCAAAGGAAGUGCUGGGUGUAAAGUUUGCACGAUUCCAUGAAGCUUUAAUUUUUCUUUUUUCUUUUUUUUUUUUAAGGAAGGCUUUUAUAUAUUCUAUUAUAAAACGUGAAGGUUAAACAGGGACUUUUAAAAGCUGCACUGAAAGAUCACAUUCUGAUGAUGUGAUAAGAUUUUCUGACAUUCUGCAUAUGUUUAUGUUCUGCAGAAGAUUCAAUGACCUGUGAACGAGAUUGAUUCUGUUGUGUUAAAUUUGUUAGGAAUGAUGCUGAACUUCCUGCUUCCAAGCAGCUCAACCCUGACCAUGAAUUACCUGACACCAGGUAAAUGUCAGGAGCUCCCAAACCACUAGUGCCAAAAGGUCACGUUGAAAAGUUUCUUUUCUUUGUCAGAAUGUACUAAUUCCCUCCCCCCACCUCUAUGUCAGUGUUUUUGCACUUUGGAAUAAUUUAAAGGUACUGUUUUCCAGUAGCAUUCCUGAGUGUUGUUGCCUUUUUAAAUGACAACUAUUACUUUCUUGUAAAAUGGAUUAUAAUCGUGAAAGAGAAGAAGACUAGAUAAAAAAUGUAAAAUGUUGAUUGACUGCAUAAGUUUUUUCCUGUAAAUGUAUCAGGGGAGCUUCCAAUUAGCAUACAUACACACAUUUGUCAAUGGCUAAGACUUGCUUAUCUUUUGCUUUAUAGAAAUAGUCAUAGCAUGUUGUAAUUGCCUUAUGUAAAUAAAAAAGGCUAUUUAUUAAGUUUUCCAAUAAUAUUUAUUAAUCUGUAUGUGUUUUAAAAUAAAAUAACUUAUUUCUAGCUGAA